AUCAUUUAAUUGGGUAAAAUCACGUGCCGGUCACGUGACUCGGUUGUCGGGGCCCUGGGCUGCCAGGCGGCAGUGUGCAGUAGCAGUCUGCGGGCAGAGGAAGCAGCGGCACCAGCAGCAACACCGACACCACCGACACCACCACCGACACCAGCAGCAGCGGCGACAGCGGCACACGACCGAGCAGUCCUCCAUGGGGUCCGUGAGGCGACUUGAGAGAAUGCGAUGACGUUACCAGGGUGAGCGGCUCUCCAGCGGGUUGACAGCUGAUGGAGAGGAGACCCUGCUCCUCCUCCUCCUCCUCCUCCUCCUCCUCCCUCUCUCUCACACAGCCGAGAUCGCACGAGGAGGAAGCUGGAGCCGCGAUACGACACGCUGAACUGGACAGGAACUGAACUCAUGUUAACUGGAAGCAAUGGGACGCGUUGAAUGAAUUGCGCGCAUUGUCCGUUUAGAGCUGCAGGGAUGUUUGCCGCCGUGGAGCAUGGCCCUGUCCUCUGUAGCGACUCCAACAUCCUUUGCCUGUCCUGGAAGGGCCGGGUGCCCAAGAGUGAGAAGGAAAAGCCGGUGUGCAGGAAGCGCUACUAUGAGGAGGGCUGGCUGGCUACCGGGAACGGCCGAGGAGUCGUCGGGGUCACGUUCACGUCCAGCCACUGCCGAAGGGACCGGCCCACUCCGCAGAGAGUCAACUUCAACCUCAGAGGACACAACAGCGAGGUGGUGUUGGUGCGGUGGAAUGAGCCCUUCCAGAAACUGGCCACCUGUGACACAGAUGGAGGGAUCUUUGUUUGGAUCCAGUACGAGGGACGCUGGUCUGUGGAGCUGGUCAAUGACCGUGGAGCUCAGGUGAGUGACUUCACCUGGUCCCAUGACGGCACCCAGGCUCUCAUCUCCUACCGGGAUGGCUUUGUCCUGGUGGGAUCGGUUAGCGGGCAGAGACACUGGUCCUCCGAGAUCAACCUGGAAAGCCAGAUAACCUGUGGUAUAUGGACCCCUGAUGACCAGCAGGUGUUGUUUGGUACUGCAGAUGGACAGGUGAUAGUGAUGGACUGCCACGGGCGCAUGCUGGCCCACAUACUGCUGCAUGAAUCGGACGGCAUCGUCAGCAUGUCCUGGAACUACCCCAGUUUUCUGGUGGAGGACAGCAGUGAGAGCGACACGGACUCUGACGACUUCUCCCCACCACAAGUGCACAACCAGAAGCCACUGCUGACAGUAAGCUUCACCUCUGGUGACAUCAGCCUGAUGAACAACUACGAUGACCUCUCCCCCACCCUCAUCCACACCAAUCUAAAGGAUGUGGUGGUCCAGUGGUGCUCACAGGGGGACCUCCUUGCCGUGGCAGGGAUGGAGAGGACGCUCCUCUCCACUGACCCCUCCUGUCCUCCCCCCACCAGGAACGCCAUUGUCAAGUUCUUCAACGUUCAGGGUGAACAUAUCUACACACUGGACACGCCAGCACAGCGCCCGAUCACGACGCUGUGCUGGGGUCACCGGGACUCCCGUCUGUUCUUGGCGUGUGGCCCGGCGCUUUACGCGGUGCGAGUGGAGCACCGCGUAGCCGGCCUGCAGCUACUCUGCCAGCAGGGCAUCGCCACAGCGGUGAAGGAGGAGAAAGAUAUUGCCAAGCUCACUAUGCCUUCCCGCCUAUGUUCUUACGUCACUGCCGCUUUCAUCCCCACCAUAAAGCCCCCCAUCCCAGAUCCCAACAACAUGCGCGACUUUGUGAGCUAUCCAACCGCUGGGAACGAGCGUCUGCACUGCACCAUGAAGCGCACGGAGGACAACCCUGAGGUGGGGGGACCCUGUUACACUCUGUACCUGGAGUACCUCGGGGGUCUGGUGCCCAUCCUCAAGGGCAGACGGAUAAGCAAACUGCGUCCAGAGUUUGUCAUCAUGGACCCCAAGACCGACGGGAAGACAGAUGAGAUAUACGGCAACAGUCUCAUAUCUGCCAUGAUCGACAGCUGCAACUGCUCAGACUCCAGUGACAUCGAGCUGAGCGACGACUGGGUCGGCAAGAAAUCUCCAAAGAUAUCCAGGGGCAGCAAAUCCCCCAAAUUACCCAGGAUCAACAUUGAUCCCAGAAAAUCGCCCAAACUGUCCCGUACUACACAGGAGAUCUCCAGGUCACCACGGUUACCCAUACGGAAGCCCUCGAUUGGUUCACCCAGUCUAACACGGAAGGAAUUUCCUCUAGAUGACAUCACUCAGCAAAAUUACCUAGCUCAGGUCACCUCCAAUAUUUGGGGAACAAAGUUCAAGAUUGUGGGGCUGGCCGCGUUCUUGCCAACUAAUCUGGGUGCAGUCAUCUAUAAGACAAGCCUCCUACAUCUGCAGCCCAGACAGAUGACCAUAUACCUGCCAGAGGUGCGUAAGAUCUCCAUGGACUACAUCAAUCUGCCCGUCUUCAGCCCGAAUGUUUUCAGUGAGGACGAAGAUGACCUGCCUGUCACAGGCCCUGCUGGUGGCACUGAUGACAACCCUCCCUGCACUGUCAACAUCCCCAUCGCCCCCAUUCAUAGUCCUGCCCAGGCCAUGUCCCCUGCUCAGAGCAUUGGUCUGGUCCAGUCACUCCUAGCCAAUCAAAAUGUUCAGCUGGACGUCCUCACAAAUUCCACCGCAACCCCUGCAGGUGCAGCUGCCGGUGGGUCAGACCAAAGUCAGGACAACAUCCUGACGGCCCAGUACACUGUUCCCACCAGGUAUUCUAGUCCUGGUCAGGUCAUCUUUGGGGGACUGGAAAUGAGUCGCCUAAUGGUGGGACCACCGCCUGCUCAUCAUCCAUCACAACAACAACAACAACAACAACAACAACAACAACAACCAAAUCACUAUCAUCAACAGCAGCAGCAGCACCAACAGCAGCAGCAGCAGCAUCAGUUGCAACAGCAGCAUCAGAUGCAACAGCAGCAGCAGCAGCAUCAGAUGCAACAGCAGCAGCAGCAGCAGCAACAACAGAUGCAACAACAACAACAGCAACAGAUGCAACAACAGCAGCAGCAUCAGAUGCAACAACAACAACAUUACCAGAUGCAACAACAGCAGCAUCACCAUCAACUUCAGCAGCAGCUUCAGAUUCAAAUCCCUGUUCCCUCCCUCUCAUCGGGACAGCAUUCAGGUGCAGCUGUGCACCAGCUCCAGUCGGGGGCGCUGCAGAUCCAGAUCCCUCAUCCGCCUGCCGAUCUAGUGGUCGAGAGAGCAUCGGGGGGCGAACAUGAGCACCUACUGAAAAUCAAAACCACUCGAUCGACUCCCCAGCUGGCUGAGGGGGACACGGUGGUGUUCAGUGCCCCUCUGGAGCUCAGCAAGAUGAAUCCUCCACCCCCCUAUCCCGGGACGGUGGCUGCUGCUGUGGCUGCUGCAGCAGCUGCUGCUGCCUCGGCGUCCGCCUCCGCUGCAGCCUCCAAUGCCACAUCUGCACAAGGAGGGGGCGCCAGUGGGACUCCUCCUCCUGGUGACCUUUGUCUGAAGAAGGGCGAGUUUCCACUCUAUCCUUCAGGUCAGCAACAAGCACAGUACCCCACACCACUGGGAUAUGAAAGGAUAACCACAUUUGACAGCAGUGGGAAUGUGGAGGAAGUAUGUCGUCCUCGAACGCGCCUUGUCUGUAAUCAGAAUGUGUACACACUCCAGGGACCUGGCAGUUCCGCCACUCUCAGGGUCACCUCUUCGUCGUCCUCCUCUUCAGCUGAAAAGAAGAUCCAGCUGCCCUAUACCUCUGCAACUCUCAACAGACUUACUGCACCUCGCUACUCCAUACCCAGCGGAGAUCCGCCUCCGUACCCGGACACAGCCAACCAGAACAGCGCUGUUGGCAGGAACCCCGGGCAGAGGCUCGACAGCAGUCUAAUCCACGCCACUCUCAGGAGGAACAGCCGAGAGGCUGCUCUCAAAGUUUCCCAGAUGCUGGAACCACCUAGACCACUGCCUCCUAAGGCCAAAAAUAGUGCACUAGCAGCCUCAUUCCAGCAGAGGGUUCCCACAGCCUUAUACACCUGCAGUCAGUGUAGCAGUGGAUCCAGUGUUGGAGCGACUGCUCCAGGGAGUGCUAAUGGGAUAGCAGGAGGAACUAUCAUCAGACAAGACUUCCCUCCCAGGAACGGGGCACCACACAGCACAGUAAUCGUUCACUCCAACAGCACCACUCCCCUGGCCUCCCAGUCUUCGUACAACCUGCUGAGCGCCCUUGAAGCAUCUGGGAGUGCAGUAGGAGGAGGAAGCAGCAGAGAUCGAGCCGAUUAUGUAAAUUCAGCAUAUUCUGAGGAUGAAACACUGAAUCAGACUCUGAGGCAUCUGGCAUUAGGAGGAAAUGAUGCGUCAGGGUUGAUUGUCAAACGCCCACCUCCCUACCAGUGGGACCCAGCUGCCACAGAGGAAGUGUGGGUUCCUCAGGAACGGACGGCCACAUUGAACCCCACAGGACCCCACAAGCCACCCCCACUUAUUCUUAGCCCAGCUCAGCACUUGGAUGUGUCCAGGCUGCCCUUUGUCCUUUCUCCAAAGUCCCCCACUAGCCCCAGUGCUGCAUCAUUUCAAGCUGCCGCAGCAGCUGCGGGUUACCAAAUCUCUCUCCAGUACCCUCCAGCAACUGCCUAUUCUGGAGCCCAGCUCCAGCCCAUUCCAGGGUCCCCACGCCCCUGCUCCUCCCCAAAAGAAAUGGUGGCACCAGUGCCCUUCUCGCAGCAGGAUGCAACACUUGUAUUACCGCCGGGUUACCCUGCAAAUCUGGCGAACCUGGCCUGCUGCCCCCUCCCGCCCAUGUAUCCAGGAGGAAGCAAUUGUUCUGGGCUUCCCAUUCCUCCCAUUGCUCUUCACACUCCUUGGGGUACCUAUAGCGCUUGCCCUCCUAUGCCCAGUCCUGCCGUGCCACUCCCACCGAAAGCCUCCCACAUGACAGUAGACAAAAAUGUUCUUUCCCCUCCUCCCCCUCCCCCUCCUCCUCCACCACCCCCUCCACCGCCACCAGCAGAACUGCAGAACCACGGAGGAUUACAAGAGGCCAUUGCAGAGGCUGGGGAAGGUUUUCAAGAGGUGCUCUCCUUGACUGAGAGCCCUGUGCCACAGCGGUCUGAGAAGUUCAGCAAGAAGAACCGCAAGCGGGGGGAUGGUCGGGCCGACGAAGCCAACGUGCCACCACUGGCCGAAGGGAGCAAGCCAAAGAAGGAGGGCAGAGCUCUGGGCGAUUUUAACUCUCUCAUCUCCAGUCCGCGGCUGGGAGGGAGGGACAAGAAGAAGCUGAAGGGACAGAAAGAGCAGCAGCUGAAGCCUAAGAAGUUGAGCAAGGCUACUGCCAACAGUGAGUUCCAAGACAGUUCGGAAAGCGAGCCAGAGCUGUUCAUCAGCGGGGAUGAGCUGCUCAAUCAGUGCCAGAGUGGCAAGAAAGGCUGGAAGAGUAAGAGGAACCUGAGGGCUGCCAGUGAACUCGACGAGUUCAAGUGCCGAAAGGCCAAUGAGAAGGAGGACCGGGGGCUGGGCAGCCAGGGGUUUGUGUAUGUCAUGGCCAACAAGCAGCCACUGUGGAAUGAGGCCACGCAGGUCUACCAGCUGGACUUUGGUGGGCGCGUCACCCAGGAGUCUGCGAAAAACUUUCAAAUUGAACUGGAGGGCAGACAGGUGAUGCAGUUUGGUAGAAUUGAUGGCAAUGCCUACAUCCUGGAUUUCCAGUAUCCCUUCUCUGCUGUCCAGGCCUUUGCGGUGGCUUUAGCCAAUGUCACUCAACGCCUCAAAUGAGACGACCCAUCCCUACGUACCCUGAGAUAUAUGUUGGACUUUAAAUGCAAUCUGUUGAAGGGGCACAGUUGUUUCAUUUGAGAUUAAUAAUCUUUGAUUUCGGAGAGAAGAGCAUUGUCCGCCCCGGUCAUAGAAAAGAGAUACAAUCAUGCUGCACUACACAAUGCUGCCACUAGAGUUGGUGCAAUAAGCAUUGACUGCAUUUUGCCAAGGAUGCCCUCAGAUUUUCUCCAUUCGGGAGUCGGCGGCACCUCGCGUACUUGUAGGGCCAAAGAGCUGAGCUUUGGUAAUCAUCAUGCAAAAUAAAUGCUGCUUUAGCUAGAAGAAGCUUGUAGACUUAAGUACCGAUAGGUUGACUGAGAGAAGAAUUGUCACGGUGCAGUUUUCAACAGAGGCAGCAGUAAUACUUGAAAACCACUCUGGAGAUCAAAGAUGUUUUUUUUUUGUGUGUGUUUUUUCUCCCAGAGCGUACAGGUACUACUGGGCACUGAAAUCCAUUGCUGUACAAAACUUCAGUGAAACAGUUACCACUUUAUUAUAUUGCUUUUGCUUUUAGGAUGUUAUUAAAUGACUAAACAUUCUAGAAGGUAGGAGGGACUUUUUUUUUUCUGUCGCUAUCAGCCAUUCCUACUGCUCCCAUCUAUCUCGGCUGGAAUUGAGGCUUAGGUAUAUGCAUCAUUUAGGAGCACUACUAAGAGUUCACACUUGUCACUUGAUGUGAAAGGUGCGUCACUGUUACAAACUUUGGGAGGUUGAGGAGUAAAAUAUGUCCCAGGUGACCUGCAGUCUUUUCCACGUGUUUUCCCUUGGGACUUUGAAGGAAGAAGAAAAAUGUUACUCCGCUACGUGGAUUAAUUUAUAUGUACAUUUUGUUGUUUAUCUUUUCAGAUAUCAUUUUUUUUAACAUUAUCAUCAUUGUUUGUGAGACACAAGCUCCAUACCCUGUCAACACAGAUUUCAACUUACCUGCUUUAUUUGGGAGACUUGAGUUUGAAUAUUGCAGAGUAGUCUGGAUUAUUGAGGGGGGAGCAGCGUACAGAAUAGCUUUGACCGACAUAUCCUGUACUUGAGUGAAGUAUCUACAUACGGUGACACGGGCGCCAAAAGAGGUCACCAUUGGCCGAGAUGGAACAACUUAACGUCUGGGACGGAGAGAUUUGUCACCUGCUUUCACUUCUGUGAAGUGAGUAUGUAGUCGGGGGGAGGGAGGGAGGGAGGGAGGGAAGGCUAUCUUUGCUCUUAAAGAUCACACUUAACAUGUAAGCAAGGUACAGGAAAUAUUUUUGUAUAUUUCACCUAUGCCAUUUCAUACCCUUUACAGAAGUCAUGUAAAUACAGUCAUGUGUAAAUGUUGUGGGGACUGCGGUGACUUUGACAGACGUCUCUUCUUGCACCUGUCUCCGAUCGUGUUCUUCGUGUAACUUCAGGUGUGGAGCGAAGCUGUAGUACUGUUUUAACUCGACGGCUACAACCACAGAGGAAAAAAGUUGUAAAGCUGAAAUCAUUGUCACUGAAUCUUUAAAGUCAGAACUGCAAUGAAGGAUGAAGCUAAUGAAAUCUGAUCAUUUUAAUAAGCUGACACUGAAAUCUGAAAAGCUGGUUUAUUUUUUAUUUUAUUUUUCUUUCAGGCGGUGAAGCUUGUGUUCGUGUUAAAGUAAGGACGGAGCAGGGCCAUCUGAUAGGAGUCUGGGCAACAGGCACAUUUGCAAAAGUCUGCAAUGGGUUUUUAUUUGUAAAAGACAGUAGACAAAAUCACUCAAAAAUGGCAGUAAUAUUUAGGCUUAGUAACAUUAGGUCGAUGUGUUGGGGUCACCUGAAAUAUCUGUGCCAAAAUAUGCAUUUGGUAAAAUUUAGAGUUGGAAAAAAUGCUCUGCUUUGUUCUCUGGGUUUAUGAGAUUAUUUCAUACUUAAAUGUGAUCUGCCCACAUCACAGCGAGAUGCAUGUCCGUCGAAGGAGGGUUGAAAGGAUCGAGAUUAAAAGGAAGAUCUCUACUGAUCCUAAAAGAUUUAAAAAUUUAAAAAAAUAAAUGAAAUAAAAACAUAAGCAUGGCGUUAAGAGAAAAUAUCCACCUUUUUGUGUUAGUUGUGCAAUAUUUCGUUUUGGGGAGAAAGAGGAAAAAAAAAUCAUUCGUCAUCACUUUUGACCACAGUUUGAUACCGUUCUUUUUGUUCAGCAUUUCAAUUGCUGGUCUGUAUAUUUUAUUUAUGAGAUUAUUUCCUAAAGGAGAUAUAGUAACUAUACAUACUGUAUAUUGUGGGGUUUUUCUGAACAUUUCUUUGUGCUGAUAAAAAGUUUGUUACAAGUGAAGCCCAAGUUGUGAGAUUGGAAUGUGGGGUGGGGUCGUCGGGGAAGGGGAAGGGGCAGAUGCUCUGUUUCGUGAGGUUUGCAUUGGCUGGAAAAGAUGUGAAUGAGCAAGUGCCCAGUUUAGUGUAGCUGGUAGACUAGUCGCGUAGAGUGUAACUGUCAAGUCGAGGUGUGUCUGUAAUCAACCGUGCAGUCGACCGAUCCCAUCAGUGUUAAAUCGAUCUCCAAACGUGUGUGUGGACAUGGCUUCUUCUACAUACACACACACCACUCACAAAGGUUCCCAAGUGUAAUCCACCGAGUUCGUGUUCAAAAAUCGCCUAUGGACUUUAGGUCAAGGAUUCACUUUAAAAACUGAUUUUAUGAGACGGCUUGUUGUAGAUACUGUAGGAUUUUACCUUUUCUUUAGAAAAGACGACGUGCUUUGUAUUUGUAGAUGUAGACUUUAAAUGACAAAAAACACAAAAAAUCUCGAGUCUGAUUUGGUGACUGAACGUGUAUAGUGAAUGGAUAGUAAGGCAUGCCAUGUAAAUUAUUUUAUAAUUGUAUAUGUCACGCAUCUUUUGAAUAAAACGUCAUUGUUUCAGAAAAAAAAAAAAAAA